AUGGGAAACCAGAAGCUUAAAUGGACGGCGGAGGAGGAGGACGCGUUGCUCGCCGGUGUUAAGCAGCACGGCCCCGGAAAGUGGAAGAAUAUCCUCCGCGAUCCUAACUUCGCUGAUCAGCUCUCUAAUCGCUCCAAUAUCGACCUCAAGGAUAAAUGGCGUAACUUGAGUGUUGCCCCUGACAUUCAAGGCUCAAAGGAUAAGACACGGACACCAAAAGUGAAAGCUGCUGCCUUUGAACUGGCUGCCAUUGCAGCUGCCGCUACCAAUACUUCAUCUCCUACUGCUAUCUCUUCUCCGGUUGCUCCCAUUCUCCGUAGUGUAUCUUCUGAUGUGAGCAAUGAUGAUAACUGUAACGUUGUGGUUGAUGCAAAGAAUGCUCCCAGGUAUGAUGGGAUGAUAUUCGAAGCUCUUUCAGCGUUGCCGGAUGCUAAUGGAUCUGAUGUCAGUGCAAUUUUCAACUUCAUCGAGCAAAAAAAACAUGAAGUGCCACCAAAUUUUAGAAGGAUCCUGGGUUCAAGACUGAGGAGGCUUGCUGCUCAGGGCAAACUUGAAAAGACGCAGAACUUCUAUAAGAUGAAUGCGAAUAGCUUGGUGAUAAGAACGCCAGCUGUAGCGAGGCCAAAAGAGGCCAACGUGAAACCCCGGCAGACAAACAGUCCACGGGUCGCGGUUUCUCAGGAGAUUUUUGCUGAAGCUUCAAUAACCGCAGCUUUUAAGCUCGUGGAGGUAGACGUUUUAUCAGAUGUGGUGGAAGUAGCUUCAGAAGAGAGAGAAAGAACCAUCAGACUGGCAGAAGAAGCUGAGGCUAUUCUGGAGCUAGCGAACUGGCUGCACGAAGAAUGCUGUCAGGGAAAGAUUGUGGAAUUGGCUUGA